CUGAGCUGAAAGAUGUCCCGGGGUAGCCGGGAGCAAACGCAGUAUGAACGAAGGUAUAACGUGACUGAUACGCGAACAAACCCCAAAGGAUUCACUGAAUAUAAAGUAACGGCACAGUUUAUAUCCAAGAAGAACCCACAGGAUGUUAAAGAGGUUCUUGUUUGGAAACGAUACAGUGACUUUAAAAAGCUUCAUGGGGAGCUCUCAUACACUCAUCGGAAUCUCUUCCAGCGCUGCCAGGAAUUCCCACCAUUCCCACGUGCUCAGGUGUUUGGGCGUUUUGAAGCUCCAGUGAUAGAGGAACGAAGACAAGCAGCAGAGGAUAUGCUGAAAUUCACUGUAAACAUCCCGGCUUUGUACAAUAGCCCACAGCUAAAGGAUUUCUUUAGGGAAGGAGAAGUUUCCCAGCAAGCUGAAGGCCAAGAUUCAUUUGAUGCACUUGUGUUGCCUACACCUCUUACCCCUGAGCCAGUACGAUGUUGCUCUCCUGAAGAUCUAGAAGAGGCCACAGAUUGUUCUGCAACAGUGGUGCCCACUGAAGUCACAAAGCCUGUUGAGGACCCUGUUAUUGAUGAGCCAUCACAGAUUGAUUUGCUGUUUGACCUUUGUGAAGAGCAUGAAGACGAUAUUGUGGCCCAGGAUCGGAUCACUUGUACACGGCAGCAGUCACUCACUCACAAUGACCUGGCUCUGUUUGACCCCUGUUUUGCUGAAGGUCCCCCUUCUGUGGAAUCACAUUUGAAUCUGCUGUCCCUGGGAGAUGAGCAAAUCGUUGAGACUGCUGCCCUUUUUACUAACGAAGAGCAAGGUGCUUAUAUAUCACAAGCCACUGAGGAUGUCCAAAGAGCAAUGGAGAAAGAGGCCGCUGGAGACUACCCAGAAGCCUUUAGGCUGUACCGUAGUGCUGUGGACACUUUACUAAAAGGUGUUAAAGAUGACCCAUGCGCAGAUAGGAGAAAUGCUGUUACCCGCAGAACAGCGGAAUAUCUGUCUCAUGCAGAGAACAUCUUAAAUGAGCACAUGAGUGGGAGUGCGGAGUGAUCUAUUGCUGGACACAGUGAAGCUCUGGACCUUAUGUGUAAAUUAUGUUCAGCUCAGUGUAACAAAGACUGCCAUGGCUGUAAGCAAGCAAGCAAGAGAACUGCAACAUCUGUGUUUAUGCUAAACAUGAAAACUUCUGCACUCACUCCUAAUUUACCAAUUAGAAUAAUCCAAGAUAUGGCUGUAGGAGAAAGAGAACAAAUUAGUCUGUACAUCCUUGCAGUCAACGUAGUUUAGAAUAAUGCGGUUUUAUUCUGUUUCAGCCACUGUGUCAAUUUAUUUAGGCAUAACACUAAUGGCCCUAUUAUGAUUGACACAGUGAAGCCUCUCUGUAACACAGUCAGAGUAACUGGCAGAGGAGCUGCUGUAAGAUGCCAUUGACAGUCACUAUUUGUUGGGCCUGUGGGGGGUUUUUGGGCUUCUGUGUACUUGAUAUGCCAGGGCCUAUUUUAAAUCUCAGUCCAAAUCUGUUAGCAGUCAUUUCCUAGAAUCAGAGUAGUUCUCACCAAAAAGGCCAUGGCAAUAAAACAACCUGUGUUUUUAGGUGAUA